GUGCUGGUUAAUCAGUUUACCUCUGCUACGAUCUGUUCUUCUUUCAAUUUCCUUCAGAUUUCAGAGAAAAAUGAAUCUGAAUAUCUGCUCCGUGUUUCGUUAAAUUUGUUAUGACGUUUGGCUUUAACUUGAGCGACGUGGCUUUUGAUAAUGGCUGAUAAUGCUCUACAGCGAGCCGGUGUGGACACGACGCGAGAGCUUCACGAUAACUAUCAUAAAUAUUCAGCACUUCCAUCAUCCUUCCAACCAACUUUUCAGCGACUCAACUCAGUGACCACAAAAGCAAUAAAGCAGGAUGGUGAAAAUUACGUGGUUUAUACUGAUAACCAUUGUGCCAUGCUCUACAGUGACAACUCAAGAGAGAAAUUCCCGGUAUCGAAGAGCUGGAUUCAGAAACAUAUUAAGAUGAAAACUUGCUACGAGUUCAUGCCCUCAAACAUAGCUGAUGUAUGUAAAUGUGGUUACAAAGAGAGCGACCAUUUGGUUGAACAGAGUUACAGACCAAGGACCAGAAGGCGCAGAAAUGGGAGGUCAUACAUCAUGACUACCAGGGUUCCGUGCAAUACUUAUGGAGUACUCGACUUUCAGGGAAUCGGAGUGGUCAAUCAGGCGCCAUACUGUAGGAUGGCAGAAGAUAUGAAUGCUGCAAUGGUGAGCAAAUUGCUUUUGAAUGUGUGGAAACUACCUGUUCCUAACCUACUCAUAUCAGUGCUAGGAGGCACCACAGAUUUCGAACUACAACCCAAAGUGAAGCAGUCAAUCAAGACUGGGCUAGUGCAAGCGGCCGAAACCACAGGGGCCUGGAUUAUAACUAAUGGACUGAAUUGUGGUGCCAGUAAAGAGGUUGGGUCGGCAUUGAAGAAUGCGUUCAAGAGGAACAACAGAAUCCCCUGUAUCGGAGUGACGCCCUGGGGAAUUGUGCAGGGAAAAGAAGGCAUGAUUGGAAUAGAGCAUAAAGUGCGGUACUACAGUAGAAAGGCAGAAGUGGGUAAGCUCAACGCACAUCACAGUCAUUUUCUGCUGGCGGACAAUGGAACUGCAUCUUGUGACGGAGUAGAAGUGAGAUUGAGGCGAAGUCUGGAGAGGUAUCUGUCCGGCAGAAGUGUCCAGACUAGAUUCCUUGGAGAGCCAUCGGAGAUACCCCUGGUGUGUGUUGCAAUAGAAGGAGGAGUGAGUUUGAUCAGGACAUUGGCGGACUACUUGUCAGAGAAACCGCCAGUUCCUGUGGUUGUAUGUGAUGGAACUGGGAGAGCCGCCGAUAUUAUUUCAUUUGCGCAUCGAGUAUAUGAUGAGAGAAAAUCGAUUCCGGAGAAUGUUCGCCCCGAGUUGAUCAACACGAUGCAUCUGUCUUUCAACAUUACCACUGAAGAUGCCAGCAAUCUGCUGGAUGAGCUGGUCAACUGUUUCCACAUUGGCCACGAGCACAUAUCCAUCUACUCUUACGGAUCACAGGCGGACGGAGUUGCAGAUGUCGACGUGAAGAUUCUCUCGGCGCUCCUGAAGAGUCACUCUGAAUCUUGUCUGGAGAGGUUUAAAUUGACCAUGUCCUGGGGACGCCCGGAUUUGGCAGACAAUGAGAUUUUCAGACAGGGAAAGUCACAUCCAACAGAGUGGGAAGUGAGUGACCUGCACGAGGCGAUGAUGUUGGCUUUACAGCAGGACAGAGUGGACUUCGUGAAGCUGCUGCUGAACAAUGGCAUCGACAUCCAGAAGUUCCUCACGUUCCAGGCCAUGGAGGAGCUGUUCAACAACUGCAGAGCACCCAACUCCAUGCUGGCCAAACUCCUCAAGGAGGUCAAGCACGAUACCCAAUAUGUUGUGAAAGAACAGAGCAAAGCUGCAAAUGAGGAGCACAUGGCUGUGUCCUUGAUUGACAUCGGAAGUAUCAUUGAAAUGUUAAUCGGAGGCGUGUACAGAAGUGCCUACUGUCGGAAGAGUUUCAAGAUCAAAUACAAGAGCCACAGACAAAGCUUAGUAGACCAGGAACUUAAUAAAAAGAAGCUACGAAGGAUCAGUGUGAAAGACAAACUUUUUGCUCUCAGUUCAACUCAUAGUUUCAAGAACCUGACAGAUCAGGCCAGUAAUCACGAACAUUCAGAAGGAACAGAGGACGCGGAAAGUAAACCAGAGAAGGUUGUAUUUGAAUACCCGUUUCAUGAAUUGUUCGUCUGGGCAGUUUUGGCUGAGCGCCAAGAAAUGGCCAAGUUUAUCUGGCAACAAUCACCAGAACCUCUGGCGAAGGCAAUCACGGGUGCGAAAUUGUACUUCUCAAUGAGCGAAGAGGCAGAAAAGGAUGAUUCCGAUUUAGGAUCAGCUGAGAAAUUGAAAAGAUGUGGGGACGAAUUUCUGGAUUUGGCUUUGAAUCUAUUGGAGGAGUGUUACGUGAAUGAUGUCGAUUUGACUUGUCAGUUGUUGACAUACGAAUUGCGUCAAUGGAGCAAGCAAACCAAUCUCAGCAUGGCCGUCAAUGCUAAUGCGAAAACAUUUGUGUCGCAUAAUGCAUGCCAGUUGCUCAUCAACGAUUUGUGGAUGGGAGGUCUGAAGAUCAACAAAAACAGUAACUUCAAAGUGAUAGCGUGUAUCCUUUUCCCGCCAGUUUUGUUGCUGAUGGAGUACAAAACGGUGGAACAGUUGAGACUUAUGCCUCAAACUGCUGAAGAACAUGCCGAAGUCGACCCGCUUCACUACGACUCAAGUUCGUCGUCUUCAUCGUCAUCGUCGUCUUCUACUUCAUCAGAAGAAGGAUCUAACACGGGUGAAGAUGACCAUAAAGUAUGGCGAAGGCUCAAGCGGCUGAAGAGACGUCGGAAUAAGUCAACAACUAACAGUGUGAACGAACAAAUUAUACUGCAGUGUGUGAAUAAUGACGGAUCUCAAGCUAUAGACUUGGUGACGGUCAAAAAUGGGAAGCUUAGUACCACCAGCAAUAAAAAGAUUCCGGACGAUAUUGCCAGUGAUUUAAAGCAAGUCGCGGAAGAGCAUUUUCCACGUGCAAUUCAGAAGGAGAACAAUGAAGUAUCAGGUAACAAUGAUUCCACUGUUCGAAUUGUGGGCCCCAAGGAUGAAAGAAAUCAUUAUGAAGAUGUGAAAAGUGUCGUGUCCUCUGCACGAGUAAACAUAGAAAUCACGGCGAAGAAGAAAAUUUACGAGUUCUUCAAUGCACCGAUAACCAAAUUCUGGACGCACACGAUGGCAUUUUUCGUGUUCCUGACAUUGUACCAUUGGAUGAUUCUGGUGAAAUUGCCAGUGUAUCCACACUGGACUGAGAUCUACGUGAUAUGCUGCAUCAUUUCUAUGUGCCUCGAAGUCUACAGGGAGAUAGCGACUAGUGAGCCUGUGAAAGUUCGCCUGAAGGUGAGUGUGUGGUUGAGUGACCCCUGGAACAUCAUCGACUUCCUCGGCUGCACUCUCUUUCUCAUUGCCCUGCCCUUGCGCUGUACCCCGGCCACUAUGGCUUGGGGCAGGUGGCUCUACUGCCUCGAUGUCAUCUUCUGGUAUGCCAAACUGCUCGAGGUAUUUAGCGUCAACAGGACUCUGGGACCCUUCGUGCAGAUCAUUGCGCAGAUGAUGUUGGACAUGAUAUCUUUCAUGGUGUUCAUGUUCCUGGUGCUCUCCUGUUAUGGUACAGUAAGACAGUCAAUUUUGAACCCGAAUGAACCCUUCCGCUGGAAGAACAUCAGAGACAUCUUCUUCCACCCCUACUUCAUGAUAUACGGGGAAGUGUAUGCGAUGGAGAUAGCACCCGAGUGUGGCACGGAUCACUCUCCCGAAUGUGUGACCGGACACUGGAUCGAGCCGGCUCUGAUGUCAAUUUACUUGCUAGUAGAGAACAUUCUGCUUGUGAAUUUGCUCAUCGCUGUUUUUAACAACACCUACAACCAGGUGCGCACCAUGACGAAAGAAGUGUGGAAGUACCAGCGCUACUAUGUUAUCAUGCACCACGAGACCAAAUCAGUGGUACCUCCCCCACUCACUUUCAUCAGCUACGUCUACUUCUUCGUCAGAUGUGUGGUAAAGAGACGCAAGUUGCACGCGUACGACAAGGGUCUGAAGUUGUUUCUGAGUCGGGAGGAGGAGCUGGAUCUGAACGGGUUCGAGAACAAGUGUCUGGCCAACUACCUGCGCAGAACUGAACAUGAUUCCAGACAGUCCAGCAACGAACGCGUCAAGCUCAUCGACCAGAGGACGGAGCAAUUCGGAUCCAGUUUUGUCGACAUUAACGACAAAAUAGCGGUUAAUAGAACAGCCCUGCAAAGCCUCGAACAUCAGAUCGAAGAAAUCAACCGAAAUACCAACGAGAAACUCGACAUGAUGUUCUCAAUGUUAAAGAAGUUGACUGAAAACAGUGAAAAUAUCCAGGACCAAACUUUAGUUGGAGACUCAAAUCAGGAUCUCAGCGACAAUAAUUCGGUUAUGAAACCUAAAAGGCAAUCGAGUGAAGAUAGUAGAACAGGUCCAAACCCUCCUUUUUUAACAGCAGUUCAAAAGCCGUACGAAAGGACUCAUUCGUGUGAAAGUCAAAACGGAGCACCAGUUGUCCGGCGGAUUCCUAAGUUCAGUCUCAACAACCGCCAAUUUAGUGUUUCAGGAGAAGCGUUGAACAAAAUGUUCAGCUCCAGUCAAUCAAUUGCGAACAAGGGAUUACAUCAUGAUCAUAGUUACUCUUCACAAGCAUACGCUGCAUAUUUAAACCACAUGCUCCCCCUUAGAGAGCGCGACUACUUAUCAAUCACAGAUCACAUAGAAAUCCACUACAUGUCCAUGGAACCACAACGCUCUAGUAUGUCAUCACUAGGAGAUGAGGGAGAUGAUAUCAUUGAUAAAGAGAAGAGAUCGGAAAAGAAUCAUCUAAUGGCAGUGACUGAGUUUAUGAGACGUAAGUUUAGGUACUCGUCCUAUAGACGCAGACGCGGGUCAAGGAGAAGACGUAGAGAAGUUGAAGAUGACAAUGCAAAUCCAGGCGUGAAGAUUCAAGUUGGAAGUGAAAGUGAUGAAGAUGAUAACACUGAUGGACAAACAAUUGUUGACAACAAUCACGAGGAAGAGAUUAAUUACUCGAACGAAGAACUUGAUUUUGAAAAUGAAGACGAUAUUGAAGACGAAAACUUAGAUGACGACGAAGAUGAAGACGAUGAUGGCGAGGGAUCACGCAAAGCUUCAAAUAUUGUGGACGAAGUUCCAGUAAACGACGAUGAUGUCACACUUUCGCAGCUUCUGUCUUCCAAUUCAUCCGGAAUACUUCAGGACGCAUUCAACGAACAAGCUCUGGCAGCUCAGAGACAACGAGCGUCUAACAGUAACCAUAAAAGCUCAAGUUCAUCUGUAGAUACGCUUCCAAGGUCGCCAAUUGUGAAACCAUUUUCACCAUGGAGUUCCGAAGCUCCAGACGCAUCCAGUCAGUCUCAGGGAUACCCGACCGUCGGCAAGUCAAGUUUUCCCGCAGUAGAUAUCCUCAGUUGCCUUGUUGAAGAGAGUGCUGCUAGUGAAAGGAGCUCCACAGACGUUCAGAAUAACCCUUAGAGCCCCUUUAGAUAUGGACCAAUUUGUGAACUUAGAAGAUAAAAUUAGUUAUUCAGCUUUAGUUAUUAUUAAGUUAAUGAAGGGCAGUUGAAAUCUAUAAUGGUGCUAGUUUUAAUUUCUGUUGUACUGUCUUAAUUCUGUUAAAUAUACAACAGCGGGAUAUUUUCCAUAUUUUUGCUUUUAAUUCGGGUAACUUUAAUAUUACUAACUUUUUGUGUUCAAUUUAACUUUAACUGAA